AUGUCGCCCAGCGCACCCCAACUGCCAACACGGUUUCCAUGCUGGUGUCGCGCAGUCUAUUCAUGGGGUGGAGAAACUACAAGGGAUUUAGGAUUUAUCGAAGGCGAUCUCAUCGAAUGUUUGAAUGCAGGCGAUGGACAAUGGUGGAUGGGUCGCUUGCGUCGUGACAGGCGUGCAGUUGGGCUCUUCCCUUCGAACUUCGUCGAGCUAAUGAGCGAUGACUUUGUUCCAGUCAGUCGUGACACCAGCCCCAUGAUACAAGCAGGCUCAUCUCCCAUCAACAACCCCACGUUUGCUCCGAAAAAACAGAAAACAGUAUUUCGAAAACCGUUCCAGGCACACAAGGAAGCACUGUCCCCGGCAUCAGAACUAGCGAGAAGCGGAUCUAAUACUCCGGUGAAGAGUUCAAUUCCUCAAACUCCUCCUCGAGAUAGCGGUGUCCCUAGGAGUGUGAAGCCCUUGCGAACUCAUGCUUCUGCGGUAAAGAACCAAGGACAUCAGGGAUCUUUGUCGCGUCCUUCAUCAAUAUCAUCCAGACCCUCAUCACGGGGAGUUUCCAUUUCUCCACGAGCGUCAAUGGAACCAGAAAGAUCUCCUUCGGUAAUUGUCCCUGGAGGAAGCAUUUCGUCUUCGCGUCCCACUUCCCGCGAGGUUUCGCCAUUGUACAUGCCCGAACGCCAGGUUUCGCCGAUGCCUACACCGCAGCGUUCAGUUUCACCGAUGCCUCCUCCAGAGCGACAGCCCUCGCCGAUGUAUAACCAUGAUCGUGAAUAUUCACCCAUGUACGUCGAGGACCGUGAAGUAUCGCCAAUGAAUAUUCAAGAGCGCGAAGAUUCUCCUCCUCCGCCACCUCCGCCUCCCCAUAGAGUUGGUCUUAAUCGUGCACCCUCACGCUCUCCGCAACCUCCUCGUUCCCCACAACCCCCGAUGCAUCAUCAGUCGCGUUUGUUACACUCCCCGCAACCUCCAAUGCAUCCACCACGGCCAUCCCGCUCCCCGACUCCUCUGAAUAUGAAUGACCGAUACGUCAUAUUCGCGAGAACUCCAUCUCCAGGUGCUGUUUCGACUCAUUCUGCGCAUUCGGCUGUCUCCGCCCAUUCAGAUGCCAAUGGAAAUACUCCUUCUCCGCUACGCGAUGCCAUGGAAGACGUAAUGACCUCUCUUGAAGACAUGGGCAUGCCUCGCCAAGCCCCUUCUCCCUCGCCCCCUCCGCCAACAUUCAACAAUCCCUGGUCAGCAGAUACAUACGAUGACGUCAAUGGUAGAACACCUCCAGGAAAUCGGCGACGACCUCUCACGUCCCUCGGCUUUGAUGGACAUAAGGAUCUCGCUCGGGGGGUACCUGCUCAUAGAAAUAGUGUAUAUUCACAUGACCACUACAUGGAUGGUCCACCUCAGUUGAACAACUACGUACAAAGGAUGGAAAGCCGCCUUCGACAACUCGAGGACCAAAACCGACUGCCAGAAGAUGAGACAGGUGCCCCACGGAAUGGCGAUCAACCUCCGCCUCCGCCGCCCAAACAUGCCACCUAUCACGCAAGACAUAACUCCAUCCCGGCACAAUUCCCGCAUUUGAGAUCACGACGGUCUGGUCAGGAUCUCAGAGGAGAUAUACUGAAUAGAUCUUUCACCAACAAGUCGAGCGCCACCAAUUCCACUGGCGUGCAAAGCAUUGGAACUACCAUGACCUCCAGUACCGACAAGACUAGCCAAAGUUUGAUGAGUGGCGUUUCCGCUGAUGGAUUAAGCGCAACAAGUGCCGGCAGUUAUGCCAGAAGAAACAGGGCUUAUGAAAGGCCCAAUACAGCCAUGGAUGCUUUUCGUUCCCGAGGGUUCAGUGAUGCAGAAAACAUCGACCGGCCUGAGUCGCCUCUGACGGGCAUCUCGUACCACUCAAGUCACAACACCUCCCGGCAAGGAGCAUCGUCAGCAAUUCCCUGGUCAUCCACCGAAAACGAUGCUGGAGACUCGGGUGGAGUAUUUGGAGGUCUGUCUACACCAAAGACCAAGAAGCAAGGGUUCUUCAAGAAGAUAUUCGAGUCCGCCAAGACGGGUGCUGCAAGCGCAAGAAGCAGCAUCUCGGUUGGUCACAGCGGUGACGGUUCACGAUCCCCUACGAAAGGUAACAGGGUAGUUGAUGCAGUGUCCCCUCUUUUCACUGCAGCACAAUCAACGCGUGAUGCUGCUCGAGACCUGGGCCUGAGUGCGAGCUCUAUUGACUGGGUGCAAGUCCGGCGUGACGUCAACCGAGCCUCGUCUCCUAGUAGGAACGAGCGAAUCGAGAGGGCGGAGCGAUGUCAAAUGAUGGACCACCCAGUCAUUUACUCGGUCGAGGAGCUCUAUGAUACUGCGGAAGGCGAUGAGAGUAUUGAUGGGCUGCCAAUCUCGGAGCCUACCAAUUUCAAUGCAGCAACUCUCACCCUAGUUGACAAAAGUGCGCGGUUUAUUAAUAGUAUCCCACCACUAACUAACCCUGUGAGCUUGGCCCAAGGUUACAUAUGUCGACCCUACAAGAGCGAUGUACAGCGGCUACGCGCUAUAUUCACGUGGGUUAGCGAGAAGAUCGCGUGGGAAGAGCCCGUCGAUGGACUGGAAGUCGACAUGAAGCGAGUUUUACAGGCAAAACGAGGAAGCCCUAAUGAAAUCGCGCUCCUGGUCAAGGAGAUGUGUGCAGCUGUUGGGCUUCACUCUGAAAUCAUCCGUGGAUAUCUUAAGAGCCCUGGUGAGAGUCUCGACCUUGAUAGUCUCUCCCGCCCUAAUCACUGGUGGAAUGCGGUUUUGGUUGACGGUGAAUGGCGCAUCAUGGACUGUGCAUUGGCAAACCCAACGAAUCCCCAGCGGAGCCGUUUUGUUACCUCGCACUCAUCUAUUGCAGAGACUUGGUAUUUCCUUGCCAGGCCGCUUGACAUUUGCUACACCCAUAUCCCUCUGUACCCAGAAGAGCAGCACAUAUGCCCUCCUAUCUCGCCUGAUGUCCUGCUGGCUCUUCCAGGGGUCUGCCCGCAGUUCUUCAAGGUUGGGGCCCAGCUACCCGACUAUGAUACUAGUUUAAUGCGCAUUGAAGGGCUGGAGUGUAUGCAAAUUCGUAUGGUCGUUCCUCAGGAUAUCGAAUGUGCUGCCGAGGUAGAAUCUCCUGCGUUUGCCCGGGAUGCGGACGGUGAUUUCUUCGAAAGCGGUGAUAUUGUGCGCAAGCGUGCCUUGGUUCAACCAGACUGGUUCAAUGGCCAGAGACGGAUUACUAUCAAGGCGGUUCUUCCUGGAGACGAAGGACAAGGUGUGCUGAAGGUCUACGCGGGCAAGAAAGGACUUAUGGUCAAUAAUCGAGACAUCCCACAUGCGCUUGCCCUCGCCCUUCCCAUUAUGCACACUGGAGAAAACCCGCCGUACGACUUCGUGCUCCGUCACCCCACGCCACAUGCCACGCGCCAUGAUCUGUACAUUAUGCAGCCGCAAUGCUCACGCUUGGCAGUCAACAACACGUUUGUGUUUGCUGUCCGGCAACACCCUGCUGCUCCCCCGCCGCUGACCAGAGACGACUACUCAAUUAAUGGACGCACCUCUCCAGCGGUGUUUAACCGUCCAUCAAGUGCUCUCAGCAUGGUCUCCAGUACUGCAGGCCUCUCGACUGUGUCCAGUAACUCCAACGAGUUUUCUGCCUCAACGUCCGCCAUCUCAUCCACGAGGUCGGGUUCCGGCCGCGACAAGCCCGCCAAACUCGCAAUACAAUCUCCCUCGGGCAAAAUUCUACGCCUUACCCGCAAGGCAGACCACAUGGUGAGCUCUCCAAAAUUCAACGACUCGGUCACGGAUGCCGCCGCCGAGGGAAGCAUUUGGGAGACCGUCAUUAAGAUUGGUGAGCGUGGCACCUGGCGUGGCUUGGUCCUUGCAGACCGUGUGGCCCGCUGGUGCGUCUUUUGUGAAUGGGAAUGCGUCUGA